AUGAAUUCAAGGGUCUCACCCAGCGGUACAACGGCCACUGGAGAACUGAGUUUUGAGCACGUUCACUCCACACCUGGAAAGAUGGUGUCCCAAUCCACAGGCCAGCAAGACUAUCCUAUGGACUCCUGUGAAAGGACCAGCCGUGCCUUUCAGGACGCUGAUGGCUUGCCCAGUGUCCUGGACACCGACCAACCUGCUUGCCAGUUAGAUGUGAGGCUCAUAAGACACAAAGCUUCCUGGAUCAACCCACUGUGUGUGCAGCAGCCGCUUCGAGAAUCAGGCCUCCAAAGACCAACGGCGCAGAACAGUGAGAACCACGUGGAAGUGGACACUCCCUCGCCCUCGGACCUUUCGAUAUUGCCCCAGAGGGACUCCCUGGCUGAGGUGUCAUUGUCUGAGAAUACUGCUGAUGUCAUCUGCAGCAGCUCUGCUUAUUGCUCCUGGGGAGAGAAGGGUGACUUCUUCCUGGCCACAGAAGAGCAAGAGGCUCAUCCCCAGCAGAAGUCUCUGCUCAAAAACCCCAAGGCUGUGGCCACUUCCCCAUUCUCUAAGGACAGUGUCCAUUCUGAGUCUCCUCAUUUGACAGCUUCUACGGAUGAUGGUGAUGCUCAGAGCAGCAGGAGCCAUUCUUGGAAUUUCUUCCCACUGGAGACAUUCAUUCUGCCUGCUGACAUGGAAAAGGAAAACGUCCACUUUUAUGCUGCAGACCUGAUCAUCUCAGUAAUAGAGAAUUUGAAGUGCAAUCUUCUGAGUCAACAGCAGCCAGGGAGUUCGGGCACAGAAGAGGCCAGCAGGUCAUGUGGGACCGGAGCAGAAGUGACCUUUCAUACCCAUGCAAAGCAGGAGCCAGACCCCUCCGCUUCUUCCCACACUGGCUGUGAAGGUUGUGCUGCACUCCAGGUCAGCCCAGUGGCUGAGGCACUUUCUUACUGUCCUGUGGCGAUAGAGGCCUGCACACUUGACUUGAACAAAUUGGUCAUAUUAGAACUUGGGAAAUCCAAUGACCUCAUGAAAGGCUGCAGAGGCUCCUACAGCUCUUCAGAGAGUGCAACUUGCAAGUCGAAUCUCAGUCUUGCUGGGCUCUUAGCCAGAGAGUUGUUCCGAGGGUUCUAUAAGUACUGGAUGCUGUCAGAAGAUGUCACUCGUCAGCCUCCAGGCUCCCUGACCCCCACUAGCUCAGGAGUUGGGGAAGAAGAACAAGCUGAGGAAGAGCUUGACUCCAGUGUGGAUACAGCACGGGAAGUCAUGCUUAAGUCCAGGGUCCCAGGGACUGAAGACUGGGUGCCCCCUCCAUGCCAAAUCAUACUUACUGUUCACCCGCCAGUCAAGAGGGACACAGCAGUCGUGGCCCAGAAUUUCUUCUGUGCUGGAUGUGGGACUCCCGUACAACCCAAGUUUGUGAAGCGGCUCCGAUACUGUGAGUACCUCGGGAAGUACUUCUGUGACAGAUGCCACUCAUCUGCAGAGUCCUGUAUCCCUGCUCGGAUCCUGCUGAUGUGGGACUUCAGGAAGUACCAAGUCAGCGAUUUCUCUAAAUGGCUACUGGACAGCAUAUGGCAUCAGCCCAUCUUCAACCUGUUAAGUGGGCAUCACAGCCUCUAUGCAAAAGUCAAGGAACUGGAUAGGGUGAAGGACAUCCAGGAGCAACUUUUUCAUAUCAAGAAGCUGUUGAAGACUUGCAGGUUUGCUGACAGUGUGCUGAAGGAGUUUGAACAGGUUCCCAGUCAUUUGACUGAUGAAUGCCACAUGUUCUCCAUGGACGACUUCCUCAGGACCAAGAAAGGACUGUUGGCACCUUUGCUCAAGGACAUCCUGAGAGCUUCUCUUGCCCACGUGGACAGCUGUGAGCUGUGCCAGGGGAAGGGCUUCAUUUGUGAGUUUUGCCAGAGCACGACUGUCAUCUUCCCAUUUCAGACCAUGACUUGUAGAAGAUGUGCAGGGUGCAGGGCCUGCUUCCACAAACAGUGCUUCCAGUCUUCCAGAUGCCCUCGCUGUGCCAGGAUCAUAGCCCGGAGACAACAUUCGGAGAGCUUAACAGGGACAUGACGGCCCAAAGUUGUUCCACACACCUCAUGGUGAUGCCAAAUUGUGUCUGCUCCUGGUAACAUUGUUUCAGAUGCUAAGUAUUUUAUAGUACGAAAAAGACAACCAAAAUUCCCCUCUUGUAUGUAUUUAAUGCUUUCAAGGAGUAUGGAAGCUUCGUUACUAGGUAAAGGGUUGUUGAGAAAGGUUUGUUUACAAAUGUUUGACAUUGUUUUGCUGCUAUUGGCUGUUUUUUUUAAAGAAGUCUUUUUUUCAUUUACAUUGCACUGGGAUAGUUUUUUUUUUUUUAAGUUAAAUACAGAACCUAUUUUUUUAUGAACUGUAACUGACGAGGUGGCUGUUAACUCUUCCUCCCCCAGAGUUGUUUGGAAUGUGAAAUGGAUUGGUGCCACAAGGGAGCGAAAUGCCACCAGAAUUCUGUUUGGCCAAGUUUGUGUUAAAGACUACAUUGAAUGUUGUUUUGCAA